AUGACUCUCGUUGACUUUAGUUUUGUUAUUCAAGAAGGUGAGACAGAAAUUGAGUAUGUAUAUGUUGAAGAAAGAGUUAGAAGAAAGUCGCUAUGCAAGAAGAAGAAAGAGUUAAAAAAUAAAGUUGUUGUAUUUUUAAGAAGCAAGCAUAUUAGUUGUGUAGGAACAGGCACUUCAUGGCCAACAGUUUUGGCUGCUGAAUAUUCUUCCAGUUUUUGA